GGGGAGGCGGGUGAGAGCGGAAUGGAGUGGGCGGAGGCGGAGGCUGACCUGGUCCAUUCCGACAUUGCAGGUCCCAACGGAGCUUCGGUCCGGCCAAACGGCGCGUUCCUUCAGGAGGUCGUUCGUGGGUUCCGCGGAAAGAAUACGACCAUCUGGAGGAUUCCGGCAGGCACGGACCUUCCUCCGGAUCUAGUGCUUCUCCACGAGCACACAGACCACCACUCGAUACAGUGCAUGCGGCCCAUGACCCUUUUCCGAGCUGAACAAAACAAUCACGGCGUUUGUGCAGAAGCAUGGGGAGAGGAUGACAAAGGAUGAGUUUUGCGAGAAGUACCCUUUCACGGUGUAGAGUAAAGUAAGAAAGGGGAGGGAUGGGAAGUGAAGGCAAUUGAGGGUGGGAGGGAAUGCAUGAGGCUGAUAUCUCGCGACCGCAAUCAAGGUGCGAAAUGGAAAACUGAUCAGGCGUAGGAUACCGCGAAAUCACCAGAUAGAGUAGAUAGCGAUCGCUUGGAACUGAAUCCCAAUGGAGUCCGCCCAC